AGCUGCUGCCAUUUUGACGGGACGUGGCGCGCCGCGCCGGCGCCCUUGGCGCCGCGAUGGUGCUGCUGCAGGAGAGUGACUUCCUAGUGAGGCUGACGGACCUCUAUGGCGCGAAUCGCGCAGGCACAGUCUAUGUGUGGAUCAAGCGAUUCGCUGGCAGGUUAGCCUCUUUGCGGCGGCGGAAGCCCAAAGAACAGGAAGCAGCUGCGGAGAAAGAGGAACCCAAGUGCUUGGUCCGAGCGCGGUCCAACCGAAAAGGUUCCAAGAUUAGCUGCGUGAUUGAGGCCAAAGAUUUGAUGAGGUUUCAGCUGGCGCUUGGCAACAUCAUGCGGCAGCAGAUGGAUGGCUUAAAGACCAGAGAAAGAUCGAAAGAGGAGCGGCAAAAAGAAAGAGAAGAGAAGCGACAAACUAAGGCCAAGGCCGCAAGCGUGAAAAAAGAUAGCGCACAAAAGAAGGACGUGCAGCCCAAGUCCAAAAGCAAGAAGGGCAAGAAGAAGUGAAGCUGCUCUCAUUGUGUUUCCAGCGCACUCUAAAUUUGGCGGAAGCAAUUUUCAAGCAGCCAUUCGAAA